AUGACGCUCAAGGGAAUCUCGCCCGUCAUCUCGCCCGAUCUCCUCAAGAUCUUGGCUCAGAUGGGCCAGGGCGACGAGAUUGUUCUCGGCGACGCUCACUUCCCGGCGCACUCGCUCUGCCCGCCCCAUGUGCCGAUCCUCCGUGCCGAUGGUAUCACCAUCUCCCGCCUCCUGGCCGGCAUCACCCCGCUCCUCGACCUAGACAACUCGGGCGUGCCGGUGGUCAUGAUUGAGCCUGCCAAGAACGACACCUACGACGCCAGCGUCGAGGACGACUUCCGCUUCUCCCUCAAAUACGACGGCGAGGUCGCGAAGACGGACCGGGCCGCCUUCUAUGGGCGCGCCAAGAAGGCCUACGCCAUCGUGGUCACGGGGGAGAACCGGAAGUACAGCAGCGUCAUCCUCAAGAAGGGCGCCAGCUCCCCGUACCCGAAGAGGAAGAGCAACCAGACGUCUCACCUCUGA